AUGCUCCCACUCCUCUGGGCUCAUCUCCUCGUCACCACCGCAAACGCCCAGGUCACCGCCACUGGACCCAACGGCCCUACCAACCCCUCGGCCCCCGGUUUCGCCGCUGUCGGCUCGACCGUCGACCAAAACUCCAAUGCGCGCCUGCUCACCGUCAACGCCAUUGACGACUUUUGCCUGUAUGCGCCCCAAAACCCAAACUCCAAGAUUGGCGACGUCGAAGAAAGCGUGGUCGCGUGGUGCACAAAGCCCCGCAACAAUGCUCGCCUCAUCCCCGACGGCACCAUCAAGUCGGCCCAGUUUGUCAAGACCCCGGCCUAUGUCCAGGUAUCGGGUUGGUGGGAUGGCACCAAGCUUGACAUCAUGAGCGGCGACCAAGGCGGCGAGCUCGACCCUCAUGGCGCUACCGGAGAGGGCAACCCUGUCGGCGGAAACGUGACCACCAACGUUGCGACCGGACACGACGUCUUUUACGAGGAAUGGAUGGCCUUUGUCUCGUACGACCAGUUUUGCGUUCGUAUCUGCACAUCCAACGUCAACGGGGUCACCGUCGCCAAGCAAUGCGACCACAUCUACGACCUCAUGGGCUGCCAGUGGGUCAUGGCUAUUGACAACUUUUACGGCAUGAGCGGCUUCGAGUCGUGCGACAGCGACAUUGCGGCCGCUCCUGGUGUCUAUGGCCAGAGCACAUGGUACCAGGGGCAGCAGCCCACCCCGGCAUCCCCCGCCUUCCUCCCUAAGCGCUCCAACUGCAAGUCCUACGCCACCAUCUCGAACGGCAUCAAUACCAACAACUGGAAGGUGGCUGCUCCUGUGACUCUUCUCGGUGGCGGUGGCAGCUCGCAGCCGUCGACGACCACUACGCAGCCCACGUCGACCCCUUCCGGUAUUAUCACCCAGCUCCACCCCAACGGCAACAGCGGCUACUGUGUUGAUGUCCAGGGUGCCAACUUUGCCAACGGCACCCCCGUUCAGGUCUACCAGUGCAACGGCACCCCGGCUCAAAACUUCCAGCUGGUCCGCAAUGCUGCUGGCCAGGUCCGCGUCUCGGGCACCAACUUCUGCCUCGACGCAGGCGAGAACCCUGGUAACGGCUCAAAGCUCAAGAUCUGGCAGUGCUACGCCGGUCUCAAGCAGCAGACUUGGUGGUACACCGGUGACAACCGUCUUGCCAUUUACAAUGGCGGCCUGUGCGUGGACCUUACCGACGGCCACCUCACCAACGGCAACCAGCUCCAGGUCUGGUCUUGCUCGAGCGGCAACAACAACCAGGUCUUUACAUCGGGCCUUGUUGCACGCCGUCGCCGUUGA